AUGGGAGGCCUGGGUCACGUGACGUUCUGGACAAAUCCAGAAAGGAGAGAGAGAGAGAGGGGGGGGAGAGAUUGGACAGCGAGAGGAGAGAGAGUUUGGACGGAGAGAGAGUUUGGACAGAGAGCGAGAGGAGAGAGAGUUUGGACAGAGAGCGAGAGGAGAGAGAGUUUGGACAGAGAGCGAGAGGAGAGAGAGAGUUUGGACAGCGAGCGAGAGGAGAGAGAGAGUUUGGACAGCGAGCGAGAGGAGAGAGAGUUUGGACAGCGAGCGAGAGGAGAGAGAGAGUUUGGACAGCGAGCGAGAGGAGAGAGAGCGUUUGGACAGCGAGCGAGAGGAGAGAGGGAGUUUGGACAGCGAGCGAGAGGGGAGAGGGAGUUUGGACAGCGAGCGAGAGGGAGAGGGAGUUUGGACAGCGAGCGAGAGGGGAGAGGGAGUUUGGACAGCGAGCGAGAGGGGAGAGGGAGUUUGGACAGCGAGCGAGAGGGGAGAGAGAGUGGACAGCGAGCGAGAGGGGAGAGAGAGAGUGGACAGCGAGCGAGAGGGGAGAGAGAGUUUGGACAGCGAGCGAGAGGGGAGAGAGAGUUUGGACAGCGAGCGAGAGGGAGAGAGAGUUUGGACAGCGAGCGAGAGGAGAGAGAGAGUUUGGACAGCGAGCGAGAGGAGAGAGAGUUUGGACAGCGAGCGAGAGGAGAGAGAGAGUUUGGACAGCGAGCGAGAGGAGAGAGAGAGUUUGGACAGCGAGCGAGAGGAGAGAGAGAGUUUGGACAGCGGGCGAGCGGAGAGAGAGAGUUUGGGCAGCCGGCGAGAGGAGAGAGAGUUUGGAGAGAGUUUGGAGAGAGAGAGAGUUUGGAGAGAGAGAGAGAGAGUUUGGAGAGAGAGAGAGAGAGUUUGGAGAGAGAGAGAGAGUUUGAGAGAGAGAGAGAGAGUUUGGAGAGAGAGAGUUUGGAGAGAGAGAGUUUGGAGAGAGAGAGUUUGAGAGAGAGAGUUUGGAGAGAGAGAGUUUGGAGAGAGAGAGUUUGAGAGAGAGAGAGCGGAGAGAGAGAGAGAGCGGAGAGAGAGAGAGAGCGGAGAGAGAGAGAGAGCGGAGAGAGAGAGAGAGCGGAGAGAGAGAGAGAGAGCGGAGAGAGAGAGAGAGAGAGAGCGAGGAGAGAGCGAGGAGAGUCUCCUGACAUAAUGUACACCUUUUGGAAGCAGUGGAGCCACAGGAAGCGUCAGACUGAUGGCAUCGCUCGAUGUCCUGUGUGUUGUUUUAUUUUGCACAGUCUAAAUACUCCUUUUACAGGCCGACGUGACGUUACUGUGAUGCUUUGGACUUUGGGUUGACCCAUCAAUUAAGUUGUAACUAUGAAGGGUUCAUUUUAAUUCGCUGUUUUUUUUUCUUCCCUUAAUCAUGUGUUUCUCGAAAAGACUGAACACUGGAGUGCAGUUGUUGUAAUUGAUAUUGUUUCCUUUUGUUGAAGAUGUCCUGGUUCGGUCCAGUGUUGGGCCAGACGGGCUUAUUUAAAAUAACAUUUUUUUGUUCUAUUUUAAUCUCACUGUAAACAGAAUGUUUGAUUUUAGAGAAUUGACUUUAAAUACCGCUAGCCAUAGAUGAGUUAUCUUAUUUAGAACGUCAUCAGUAUAAUUCAUACCUGAUUUUGAUUCGACGGCUUUUUUCAAACGCUUCCAUUUGUAAUUUUAUAUAACGUGUGUAAAUACAACCAACCUUGUUGUGUAGCGAAGAUGAUUUGAACAUGAAGCCAUUCUGUAUAACCAACAAUGAUUUAGGGAUGAUGUGACACUGGUUUAGACGUCUCCCUAGCACUGCCUGGGUCCCAGCGAGGGUCACUCUCAUGGCAUCCCCUCCCUAAUUUCUGUCUAGGCACACGGACCAUUUCAUACAUAAUGACAAUAUGGCAGGGAGGAGGGGGGGGGGUCACAGAAUGGUUAGAUAAGCAGUAGUGCGGACACUGAAGGAUUUCAAAGCUUUGAUUAUAGUGUAAAGCUUUAAACCAUUUAAGUAAUGUUUAAACAAGCCAGUAUCUUACAAAUGUAAGACGUAUCAUUCAGUUUUUAUUGAUUAAGUUUGGUGUGAUUUUUGCUUUGGCAGCAGGUCCUGGAUCACAACGUGGUUUCCACAUAUGUCCUUCAGCCUGGUCAUUAGUCUGAAGAAUGCAGUGGGCCUCAUGCAGGAGUAUCUCGUUUUCCCCUAUUUCUUUACUAAACUAUUUAGUUACCUCUGUGUAUAGCUGGACGUGUGUGUGUGUGUGUGUGUGUGUGUGUGUGUGUGUGUAAUGUGGAGGUGUUGAAGUAGAAGUGCUGUGUGUGUGUGUGUGUGUGUGUGUGUAGUGAAAUACAUGUCUCUAAUCGGGAAGGCAAAGUAUUCCCAGCCAGAUUGAGUGGUACAUGAUCAUUUUGAUCACUUGUUAGUCGGACCUUUCAGAACAAGUCUUGUUCAAGUGCAUUUUGUUUUGGACUCUGUGUUUCUGAUAUACAGGUAACUGCCUAAACAAAGGACAUCUUGAGUAAAUGAGGGAUACUAAGUACACUAUAUAUACAAAAGUAUGUCAAAAUAGUGGAUUUUCGUCCAUUUUAGCCACACCCAUUGCUGACGGCUGUAUUAAAAACAAUGCACACUACCAUGCAAUCUCCAUAGACAAACAUUGUCAGUGGAAUGCCCUUACUGAAAACCUCUGACUUUCAACGUGACACCCGCCAUAGGAUGCCACCUUUCCAACAAGUCAGUUCGUCAAGUUUAUGAGCUGCCCCUGUCAACUGUAAGUGCUGUUAUUGUGAAGUGGAAACGGCUAGGAGCAACAACGGCUCAGCCGCGAAGUGGUAGGCCAAACAAGCUCACAGAACAGGACCUCUGUGGGCUAAAGCGUGGCUCGUGGGGGCCUAACGCCCUAUUAAGACACUUCAUGUUGGUAUUUUCUUUAUUUGGGCAGUUACCUGUAUAUUCUCUGUAUGGACAGCCAUUGAGUAUACAUGAGGAUGGCGAUGGAUAGACCUGGUGCUCUGAGUUAGCAACAUGUAAAGCUUAGCUAUUGGACCACCGGCCUAAUUCUGAUUCCGGUGACAUUUCAUAACUCCACAAGAAAAGAAUAAGCUAUAAUUCAGUUUUGUGGUACAGAUGUUUUAUCUCUUAACCUGUGUUUUUGGAAACGAUGAAGGCGAAGUUGGCUCUUAUUUUAUACUAAAUAAAAAUAUAAACGCAACAUGUAACAUUUUCAGCGAUUUUACUGAGUUACAGUUCAAAUAAGGAAAUCAGUACAUUGAAAUACCAUUUUAAGGCCCUAAUCUAUGGAUUUCACAUGACUGGGCAGGGGUGCAACCAUGGGAGGGCGUAGGCCCACCCACUGGGGAGCCAGGCCCAGCCAAUCAGAAUGAGUUUUUACAUUUACAUUUAAGUCAUUUAGCAGACGCUCUUACCACAGAAGGGCUUUAUACCAGACAGAAAUACUCCUUUCAACAGCUGUCUGGGUGGCUGGUCUCAGACGAUCCCGCAGGUGAAGAAACCAGAUGUGGAGGUCCUGGACUGGCGUCGUUUUACACAUGGUCUGCAGUUGAGGCCGGUUGGACGUACUAAAAUGAUGUUGGAGGCUUAUGGUAGAGAAAUGAACAUUUAAUUAUCUGGCAACAGCUUUGGUGGACAUUCCUGUAGUCAGCAUGCCAAUUGCACGCUCCCUCAAAACUUGAGACAUCUGUGGAAUCAUGUUGUGACAAACUGCACAUUUUAGUGUCCUUUUUAUUGUCCCUAGCACAAGGUGUAACUUUUGUAAUGAUCAUGCCGUUUUAAUCAGCUUUCUGACGUGCUACACCAGUCUGGAGGAUGGAUUGUCUUGGCUGAGGAGAGGGGCCCACAAACUGGGACGUAAACAAAUUUGAGCACAAAAUUUGAGAGAAAUAAGCUUUUUGUGCGUAUGGAACAAUUCUGUGAUCUUUUAUUUCAGCUCAUGAAACAUGGGACCAACACUUUACACGUUGCAUGUUAUAUUUUUGUUCUGUAAAAACUGGUCCUCUAAUCAUUGUUUUGCCAUUAGAACACCGACGUAGCAGUAGUUGGCGACUCAUUUAUUUUAAAUUUCAUUUCACCUGGUUAACCAAAGACAUUUUCAUAUUUGACCUAAUGCUUUAUGGUGUCUAAUUGAAACUGAUAUGAAAAGGUUAUUUUUUUGGAGAUGACGCGAUGGAGAAUCAUUGCUUGAUUUGAAGAUUCAUCCGAGGUCCUUGUUUUUAAAGAUGUGAUGUCACUGGUCUGAGAGAUGAUUCAUCCAAGGUCCUUGUUUUUAAAGAUGUGAUGUCACUGGUCUGAGAGAUGAUUCAUCCGAGGUCCUUGUUUUUAAAGAUGUGAUGUCACUGGUCUGAGAGAUGAUUCAUCCGAGGUCCUUGUUUUUAAAGAUGUGAUGUCACUGGUCUGAGAGAUGAUUCAUCCGAGGUCCUUGUUUUUAAAGAUGUGAUGUCACUGUUCUGAGAGAUGAUUCAUCCGAGGUCCUUGUUUUUAAAGAUGUGAUGUCACUGUUCUGAGAGAUGAUUCAUCCGAGGUCCUUGUUUUUAAAGAUGUGAUGUCACUGGUCUGAGAGAUGAUUCAUCCAAGGUCCAUGUUUUUAAAGAUGUGAUGUCACUGGUCUGAGAGAUGAUUCAUCCGAGGUCCAUGUUUUUAAAGAUGUGAUGUCACUGGUCUGAGAGAUGAUUCAUCCGAGGUCCAUGUUUUUAAAGAUGUCAUAAUUUUCUAAAGUCUUACAUUUCCUCUAGCUCUACUGGAAUCUGAGUCUUACACACGGCUCUCGUGUGUGUGUGUGUGAGAGAGAGAGAGAGAGAGAGAGAGAGAGAGAGAGAGAGAGAAUACCCCGUCAAUGUUAUCAAUAUUGCCUAACUGCAAAGUUAUGUAGAAGUUGUUUUAUUUCCUUGCUUGUGUUUCUACAGAUAUAAGUAUGAUGAUCCGUAAUUUAUAAAGAACCAAGAUCACGUUGUGUACUGCCAAUUACCACGAGUCACUUUGGAUAGUAGCGGAAAUCAAUGUCCUUAAUAAUAAUAAUAAUAAUAAUGCUUAGUCAUGUGAGGUUGGUUCUAACUUUUAUCUAUCGCUUUCCGUCUGUCUUUAUUUAGUAUUUUUCGUAGCAGCACACAGCAAGGAUGAUUUUUAUUGUGCCGUUGUAUUUUGUUGACCGUCAGAUGUAGAGACCUAAAAGACGUUGUAUUUUGUUGACCGUCAGAUGUAGAGACCUAAAAGACGCAUGAAUCUGCUGCCUUAGAGAAAUCAGCUUUUUUUAGGAAUAAAUGUUUUUCAAACAA